CGGCAGCGCUGCUUUUCUUUUUUCUUUUUUUCUUUUUUUUAAACCCCCACAAUGAUAUUCAAGGCACUUGCGACUCGCCUGCGACUGUAGAGAGGGGGGAAAGCACCCAGAAAAAAAGAGAGAACCUCACCUCCUCAAACAACGAGUGAGGUAGGGACCAGGAGGCAGAAGAAGCGAGAGCAAGAGAAGAGAAGAGGCUGUGGAGUUAAAAAAGAGAGGCAGCGGCGGCGGCGGCGGCGGCUCCAGAGCUCCAGCGAGGAGUGUCUAAUUGCGUGCGCUUUAUUAGAAAGUGUCUAAUUUGAAGAGAUUCGACAUGUCAUCGUCCGGGAAAGACAACAGCGGUGCCCAGCACGCCAAUUACGUGGGACCUUAUCGUUUGGAGAAGACGCUCGGGAAAGGACAGACAGGGUUGGUAAAGCUUGGAAUUCACUGUGUGACCUGCCAGAAGGUUGCGAUAAAGAUCGUCAACCGCGAGAAGCUCAGCGAGUCGGUACUAAUGAAGGUGGAGCGAGAAAUAGCUAUUUUGAAGCUCAUAGAACACCCACAUGUUUUAAAGCUUCACGACGUCUAUGAAAAUAAAAAAUACUUGUACCUUGUGCUAGAACACGUGUCUGGUGGUGAACUGUUUGACUACUUGGUGAAGAAAGGCCGGUUAACACCAAAAGAGGCCAGAAAAUUCUUCAGACAAAUUAUGUCUGCCCUGGAUUUCUGCCACAGUCAUUCAAUAUGCCACAGGGAUCUAAAGCCCGAGAACCUUUUGCUAGAUGAAAAGAACAACAUCAGGAUAGCAGACUUUGGUAUGGCCUCUCUUCAGGUUGGAGACAGCCUAUUGGAAACCAGCUGCGGAUCGCCACACUAUGCAUGCCCAGAAGUCAUAAGGGGAGAGAAGUACGAUGGGAGGAAAGCAGAUGUCUGGAGCUGUGGGGUCAUUCUUUUUGCUCUUUUAGUGGGCGCCCUGCCGUUCGAUGAUGACAACCUAAGGAAUCUUCUGGAGAAAGUGAAGUUGGGAGUGUUUCACAUGCCACAUUUUAUUCCUCCAGACUGUCAGAACCUUCUGCGUGGCAUGAUUGAAGUAGACGCAUCCAAAAGACUAACGUUAGAAAAAAUCCAGAAGCACUCGUGGUACAUUGGUGGCAAAAAUGAACCCGAGCCAGAGCAGCCUGUGCCCAGAAAGGUGACAAUCCGCAGCCUGCCUUCUGCAGACGACAUCGACCCAGACGUACUGGACAGCAUGCACUCCCUGGGCUGCUUCAGAGACAAAAACAAGCUCCUGAAAGACCUGCUCUCAGAUGAUGAAAACCAAGAGAAGAUGAUUUACUUCUUGUUACUUGAUCGUAAGGAGAGGUACCCCAGUCAAGAGGAUCAGAACCUUCCUCCUCGCAACGAGAUUGAUCCUCCAAAGAAGCGCGUUGACUCUCCAAUGUUGAACCGUCAUGGCAAGAGGAGGCCAGAGAGGAAGUCCAUGGAGGUUCUGAGUGUCACUGACGGCGGUUCACCAGUACCAGCCAGAAGAGCCAUCGACAUGACACAGCAUGGACAAAGUAAUUCAGUGUACAGUAAAAGCUUGGAUAUCCCUGACGCCAGAACAAAAUGCAGCAAAGAAGAAAGGUCGCGGUCUAUUAGUGGAGCCUCUUCUGGUCUCUCCACCAGCCCCCUCAGCAGCCCACGGGUUACCCCUCACCCUUCCCCUCGAGGCAGCCCCCUCCCAACCCCAAAAGGCACUCCAGUGCAUACUCCCAAGGACAGUCCUGCAGGAACUCCAACUCCCACACCGCCCCCAAGCCCAUCCAUUGGAGGCAUGCCUUGGAGGACGCGCCUUAACUCCAUCAAAAACAGCUUCCUCGGCUCACCACGCUUCCACCGCAGGAAACUCCAAGUUCCUACGCAAGAGGAGAUGUCCAGCCUCACACCAGAGUCUUCCCCAGAACUUGCCAAAAAAUCCUGGUUUGGUAACUUCAUCAACCUGGAAAAAGAAGAGCAGAUCUUUAUUGUCAUCAAAGACAAGCCUCUCAGCUCCAUUAAGGCAGACAUUGUUCAAGCCUUCCUUUCGAUUCCCAGCCUGAGCCACAGCGUCAUCUCUCAAACAAGUUUCCGGGCAGAGUACAAGUCCACCGCCGGCCCCACAGUCUUCCAGAAGCCGGUCAAGUUUCAGGUGGACAUCACCUACACAGAGAGCACAGCUGCCACAAAAGAGAACGGCAUCUAUUCAGUUACUUUUACCCUGCUCUCAGGUCCAAGCCGGCGUUUUAAGCGAGUAGUUGAGACGAUUCAGAGCCAGUUGUUAAGCACACAUGAACAGCCUGGGGUCCAACAACUCUCUGGAAUAAUCCAGAAAACCUAUUAAAGUCCCUCCUCCUGCUCCAUGCUCCACUUGCCCCUCCAACAACUACCCCAAUCCACCCCCCCUUCAAAUGUGCCAAGAGUGUCGGACAUUUGUCAGUGGAGGACUCCUCUCCGAGGGGUGCCGAAAAAAAAGCCUUCCACCUUCGACUGCACCCCAACUCCACCUUUGGCAUCCAUCAGUAGAAAGUAGAUGAAAGUCAUUUUAGUGCUUCUUCCAUAAUCUUUCAAGCACACACCUACAAUCAUACUCUCCAGUCAUCAAAUGGCUCAUCUUCUUUUUUUCUUUCUUUUUUUUUUUUUUUAAAGGGAUUAUUUUUAUUCUAUUGGAAAUAAAGCACUGGUCAAAACACUCAAGGUACAGCAUACAAAAAAAAAAGAAAAAACAUGCACAAAAUACUCUGGGAUGUACCAAUGUUGAUGGAAAAACAUAAAAUAAACCUACAAAAGACUUACAGAAAUGUGAGGAGGAGCAAAGAGAGAGCGUUGUCGCUGGACGUCCAAACAGCCAACACAGGCGCUUGCCGGAUUGUAUCCCUUUGCUUUGUAUUGUACUUUCUUUGUGAUGAACUGGGUUUGAAUUUUAAUUUUUAUUAGACUUGAUACAACUGCUGCAAAAUGGACUGAAAUCAUGAUUUCAGAGAGGACGUGGGUGUCAGCAAAACAGGCAACGGGGAAAUGGGGGAGAUAAAAAUGAAAGUAUUGGUGGGGGGGGAGGGUGGGUACAGGGAGGGUUAUGUGGGUAUUUAAAUGAAUGAUCUAUUCUCUUGUACAGACUGAAAGCAUUUUUAAUGUAAAAAAAAAAAUGAAAUGUCUAGUUGUGACACUGUUAGAUAUCAUAGAAACAGGCGGUUGAAGCUACGCCUGCAUCAUUCUGUCAUUUUAAAUUCUGUGUAUUUUUGUUACAUGAUUAUCGCUGUCCCUGUUUGAUCGACCUGGAAAUUAUCCAAACAUUCCCUGUUCUCUGCAGCACUUUCUUUGAUUUUCCAUUUGUACCUCUCUCUUAGUCUCAAAUACCAGCAGUAGGAGUAGAGGAACAAAAAAAAAAAAAAGGGUUAAAUGCAAUUGUGAAUAUUUUUGUAUUGUUGUCCUUAAUUUAUCCAUAUUUGUUCAUCUCACUGUUUAAUUCCUAAUUUAUUAUAACUUGGCUAUUUAUAUGGACAAAGCUGUUAGGUCAGUUGAAUGUUAUUUACUACCCUCUUGUGUGUUGGUAAAUGGGACAUUUAAAGAAAAGAGAGAGAAAAAAAAAGCUGAACUUUAUUUUGUUUUUGUUUGACUUAAAACAGAAAUAUGUGAACUUUGACAAAUCUCUUUAUUUCCAGACCUCAUUGAAGAGGAAACAAGAACUUGUUGGAACUCUGGAAAACGAAUGGUUUUACCAGUAAUUUAAGAAUGUAGACUUAGCCUCUUUUGGAAGAGGGAACAUGCUCUUCUAUUGAUAUUUGUCAGUUUCAUAAUAUUGUGCAUUGAAUGCCAGGCCUGAGGAGGAGAAUUUGUCAGAUCGUGAUCUGCUUCUUCUCUCUGUAAAUAGACAGACGAGCUGUGGGGGUUGAUUGUCUUCUCAACCAUGCUGGGGAUUCCUGCUCUAUGCUUUUAGCUUGUAUUGCUGUGUGCAUGUCAAACAUGAGCUUUUCUUUGCAUGGCUUUAGUGUUUAAUGUUCCACGCCAAACUCGCCCCCCUUCUAUCAGCCUUCAUUAAUUUUUCCCUCAACAGUACUGUGUUUUAAAGUUGAAAUUCCCUUCUCUCUGCUUUUAAUUCUGGCCUUUUGCUUUCUUACUCUCCUUUCAGUCCUGCUGACUUUCUUUUCCUUCCUCCAGCUUGUGCACAAAGUUUUUAAACGAUGCUUCCUUUACUACGUACCUCUCUGCGGAAAGCUCAGAGGUCUGGGCGUUCUGUGCCUGUCUGUUGAAGAGGCACAGGGAGGGAAUACCACUACUACAAAAUCAAAGCAAUACGUUUUAUUCACCCUCCUCUUUGUUUACUACAAUGGGAAGCUGACGGCACUGAGGACAAAUUUUGGCCCGGAUGGGUCUUUUAUUCUUAUUAGUUUUUUUAUUUAUUUAUUUAUUUUAUUUUUUUUCCUUUUUUUUUGGGACAGAGCAGGAACAAAACUUACUGAUGUAAUCCCCAUUCUAAAUAACUGUGAGCAUUUUCAGUGCUGAAACAAAUAAACUCAUUCAGUUAUGUUG